ACAUGGAGUAUCAACGGUGAAGACCAGAUAAAACAUUGGUGUCCUUAAAAUCUACAAAAAAACAUUUUUUUUUCUUUUCGCGUUCAACUUGUGUCGAACUAUCUGGGGCACCGGGGGACGCUAGAACGCGCGCAACGGACCCAGUCUGGGAAACUGUCUAUAGCCGAGACGUUCCGUUGAAUUUCCUUUUGAAUAAUGGGAUAUUUAUUGGACAUGUGAGUUACUGGAGUUACCAUCUGCAACCUUGCAAAAUGAAGUUUCCCUCAUUUCUUCGAUGUCUCCUCAUCACUUUCGUUGUGUUCAGGGCGAGCGCUGCACAGUCAGUUUGCCCUGGAACUGAGAACAAGUUGAGCACUUUGUCAGACCUGGACCUUCAAUACCGCACCCUGAAGAAACAGUAUGACAACUGUGAGGUUGUCAUGGGCAACCUGGAGAUCACCAGUAUCGACCGCAACCGCAACCUCUCCUUCCUCAAGUCGAUCCGGGAGGUAACGGGCUACGUGCUGGUGGCUCUGAACCAGUUUGAAUACCUGCCCCUAGAGAACCUACGCAUCGUGAGGGGCACCAAGUUGUAUGAGGGACGCUACGCCCUGGCUAUCUUCCUCAACUACCGCCACGACGGUCAAUACGGCCUCAAACAGCUGGGCCUUCGCAACCUCACAGAAAUCCUCAACGGGGGUGUUUAUGUGGACCAGAACAAAUUCCUGUGCCACGCCGACACCAUCCACUGGCGCGACAUCAUCAAGAGUCCCCAGGCGGAGCUCCUGGUUGUACCGUCCUCCAACAACAGCGGGCUUGGAUGCAAACGAUGUCACCGCUCCUGUAAUGGACGCUGCUGGGGUCAUCAGGAGGAUCAGUGCCAAAGCUUGACCAAGACGGUGUGCGCUGAGCAGUGUGAUGGCCGCUGCUUUGGCCCCUACGUCAGUGACUGCUGCCACAGAGAGUGUGCCGGAGGUUGCUCCGGACCCAAGGACACCGACUGCUUCGCAUGCACCAACUUCAACGACACUGGGGCGUGUGUGACCCAAUGCCCGCAGCCCUUUGUUUACAACCCCACCACGUUCCAGCUGGAGAACAACCCACGGGCCAAGUACACCUACGGAUCCUUCUGUGUGGAGAAGUGUCCCCAUAACUUUGUGGUGGACCACAGCUCCUGUGUGAGGGCUUGUCCCAGCAACAAGAUGGAGGUGGAGCAGAACCGCAUCAAGAUGUGCAUCGCCUGCACCCACAUCUGCCCCAAAGUUUGUGAUGGCAUAGGGACGGGCAGUCUUCAGGCAGCACAGACAGUGGACGCCAGUAACAUUGAAAAGUUUGUAAACUGCACCAAAAUCAACGGCAAUCUCAUCUUCCUCAUCACCGGCAUUAAAGGGGACAUGUACCAUGGUAUUGGGGCCUUGGACCCGGAGCGUCUCAGUGUGUUUCGCACAGUGAGAGAGAUCACAGGUUUCCUCAAUAUCCAGUCCUGGCCAGAAAACAUGACAGACCUCAGUGUGUUCUCCAAUCUGGAAACCAUCGGUGGCAGGUCACUGUACAGCGGCAUCUCCCUGCUGAUUCUGAAGCAGCGCUGGAUCUCCUCCCUGCAGUUCCAGUCCCUGGACGAAAUCAGCGCCGGCAACGUGUACAUCACCAACAACAGCCGCCUGUGUUUUUACAACACCGUGAACUGGACCAGCCUGUUCCGCACCAACAACCAGAAGGUCCUCAUACGCAACAACCGCGCCCCCAGCGAAUGCACCCAGCAGAAGAUGGUGUGUGACCGUCUGUGUUCGGAGGCCGGUUGUUGGGGACCGGGCCCCGACCAGUGCCUCUCCUGUCGCUUCUUCAGGCGAGGACGCAUCUGCGUAUCGUCCUGCAACCUCUAUGAUGGAGAUGUGCGUGAGUUUGCCAAUGGUUCUGUCUGUCUGGAGUGUGACAGCCAGUGUGAGAAAGCCCAGGAUAAGUCUGUGACCUGCCUCGGACCGGGUCCGGACCAGUGCAUCGACUGUCGGAACUUCAAAGACGGGCCCAAUUGCGUGGAGAAGUGUCCCGACGGGCUACAGGGUGCCAACAGCUUCAUCUUCAAAUACGCCGAGUCCAACAAUGAGUGCCACCCCUGCCAUGUCAACUGCACCCAGGGGUGCAUUGGGCCUCGGCUCCAGGACUGCGUCGGAAUGAUGGACAGGACGCCCCUGAUUGCGGCCGGAGUUAUCGGCGGUCUGUUUGUCGUCGUUAUCGUGGUGCUGAGCGUGGCUGUCUACGUUCGCCGCAAGAGCAUCAAAAAGAAGAGGGCGCUGCGCCGCUUCCUGGAGACAGAGUUGGUGGAGCCGCUGACCCCGAGUGGCACCGCCCCAAAUCAGGCCCAGCUGCGCAUCCUGAAGGAGACAGAACUCAAGAGAGUCAAGAUUUUGGGAUCAGGGGCCUUUGGUACCGUCUAUAAGGGCAUCUGGGUCCCAGAGGGAGAGACAGUGAAGAUCCCAGUAGCCAUAAAGAUCCUGAACGAGGCCACGGGGCCCAAAGCCAACGUGGAGUUCAUGGACGAGGCUCUGAUCAUGGCCAGCGUGGACCACCCCCACCUGGUGCGUCUCCUGGGGGUCUGUCUGAGCCCCACCAUCCAGCUGGUCACCCAGCUCAUGCCCCACGGCUGCCUGCUCGACUACGUCCACGAGCACAAGGACAACAUCGGCUCCCAGCUGCUGCUCAACUGGUGUGUCCAGAUCGCCAAGGGUAUGAUGUACCUGGAGGAGAGGAGGUUGGUCCAUAGAGACCUAGCUGCCCGUAACGUCCUGGUCAAAUCCCCAAACCAUAUCAAGAUCACAGACUUUGGCCUGGCCAGACUGUUGGAUGCAGAUGAGAAGGAGUACAACGCAGAUGGUGGCAAGAUGCCCAUUAAGUGGAUGGCACUGGAGUGUAUCCACUACAGGAAGUUUACUCACCAAAGUGACGUAUGGAGCUACGGCGUGACCAUUUGGGAGCUGAUGACGUUCGGAGGAAAACCAUACGACGGCAUCCCGACGCGCGAGAUCCCUGACAUCCUGGAGAAGGGCGAGCGCCUGCCCCAGCCCCCGAUCUGCACGAUAGACGUUUACAUGGUCAUGGUCAAAUGUUGGAUGAUAGACGCGGACAGCAGGCCAAAGUUCAAGGAAUUGGCUGCAGAAUUCUGUCGAAUGGCCCGAGACCCCCAGAGAUACCUGGUCAUCCAGGGCGAUGACCGCAUGAAGCUGCCCAGUCCCAACGACAGCAAGUUCUUCCAGAGCCUGUUGGACGAGGAGGACCUGGAUGACUUCAUGGACGCCGAGGAGUACCUAGUGCCUCACCACUUCAACAUGCCUCCCCCCUUGUACACCGCCAGGCCCUGCGUCGACUCCAACCGGAAUCAGUUUGGAUACCGGGACGGUUCUGGCUUAACCCACGAUGACUGCCCGGAGUCGGGAGGGUCCCCGGCCUGCGCCCCCUCCCCUGAUUCUACUGGCCCCCAGGGGGCCGCCCAGGAGGCCCUGGAUGACCCGCGCUGCAACGGCACCCUGCACAAGAAGAAGGCCCAGGCACGGCACGGGGCAGAGGACAACAACGGGCAGCGCUACAGCGCCGAUCCUACCGUGUGCCUGGGGGACCGGGUCGGGCCGAGAGAAGACACAGAUGAGGACGGCUACAUGACCCCAAUGAAGGACAAAACCUCGUCAGACUAUCUGAAUCCGAUUGAGGAGAACCCUUUCGUGGCGCGGCGCAAGAACGGCGAGGUGCACGCCCUGGACAACCCGGCGUACCACAGCACGCCCAGCAGCCAGCCCAAGGGGGGGGAGGACGAGUACAUUAACGAGCCCCUCUACCUCAACACCUUCCACAACCCUGUGGACCUGGGCCUAGAGGUCUUGAGAAAGAACGGUGGCCUCCAAUCACAGACCGUCGCGUCGACCAUCAGCACCGGUUCCCACCACCAACUCACUCUCCAAACGGGCCUCCCAUAUUACCCCCUGGCACCGACACAGGGCUCCCCCUCCGGGCUUCAGGGAGGGUGUCGCCACAUACCUCCGAGUCACCUCAUUCACACGCUCCACGGUGUGAGCAUCAAAACCGGCAGCUCGCCGCAGCGGGCCCACGCGGUUCUCCAAGGUCACCAGUCCCACUCGAUCCGGUGUGACAGUGGUCCCUCUGUCAACCAGGUCUGCCAGCCUGAAAGGUCAGGUGUCAAGAAAGGUUCCGUCUCCACUUCGGCGCCCGAGGACGAUAGGGGCGCCAUGCCUGCCUGCCAGGGACACACCACCCACCCUGGCAGCAUGCUGAAGCAGGGACAUGGGCACCAGACGGCGGGCAAAGCGGCAGGCAAAAAGCUCAAGGUGACCUUUGACAAUCCAGAGUACUGGCAGCACAGCCUGCCACCCAAGUCCUUGAACCAGGCGAGUAGCGUCCAAGAGGGCACAUUACCCGCCGCCCAGACGGGCAGCACCAACGCCAAGUUGUUCUACAAACAGAACGGGCGCAUCAGGCCGGCAGUGGCCGAAAACCCAGAGUACCUAUCCGAGUUCUCGUCAAAUCUCAAGCCGGGCACAGUUCUGCCCCCUCCCCCGUACCGACAGAGGAACACAGUGGUGUAAAACCCAAGUACAAGCUAUACCACCCUCCAUUCCCUGUUCUCCAGCUCCUGGACCAGCCAGCACCUAGUCCUUUCUGGUUUCCCCCUUGAUGGGGGGCAUCAACAGCCCAUUAAAACAGAGGGCCUCCACCAAAACACCCCCCCUCCUAACACAAUGUCCUACCAUCCAACACCUGAACUAGCUAACUUGGUAAUGCUCCCCGCGGAUAAAGAGCUAGCGAUGGCAACCCAGAGAUCCACCGACCAAGCCCAGGCCAAGUUCCACCUCCUUACCUCCAGGAUGGCCCCUAACUGGCGCAUUAACAGUAAUAACCACCGGACAAAGACAGGUGCUAGCCGCGCAGACCACUGCUAAGUGUACAAAGGCUGGACUCACUGGACUGAGAGUGGCGGCACAAGACGAGCGUGGAGGAGAAAUGUGACAUGGAGAAUGCUUGACAAAACUGGACUGUCGCCUAAGCAGCACACGGACGGUCCGAGGGACUGUCGAGAAGGUACAAGAGAACGGCGACGAGGAACAUGAAGAGGAGAGUUGGCAAAGAGGUGUCACACCAAGUGCUGUAUGUUACAAGGCUGUUAGUGGGACUAAAUAAACUUGCGCGAGAGGUAAAGACAGCCAACCACUAUUUAACGCUGGAAUGUUCCUCACAUAGGAGCUACAUGUUUGUAGAUAAUACAUCACCAUCACCCUAGCGUUACUCACUUACAGUAUUUACGGUAACUAACUCUAUGGUGACCACGCCUGGUACUGUUUUCCAUCUUUUAUUUUAUUUCUGAAAGUAUUUAUAUAAUGUCUUUGGAACCUUAACUACUUAACCGCGUUGACAACGCAGAUCAUCCACUGCAUACUUUGUUUGGUGAGGUAUUCGCUGGUAUUGUACGUUGUUCACUCGAUAGUGCUUAUCACAACUAAAACUACUGCAAGUGGGUGGCUUAUAAAAUACUCUUAAUAUAAGUUACUUCAUCAGUGUAUUUUUAUUUUUUUUCAAUUAUCUCUCUCAAUAGAUUAUUCGUUGCUCAGAAGAGAGGUCAUGCAGAUAGUGGCCUAACACAGUGGCACUGAGUUUAUGGUAAGAGUUUGCAAUGCAGGAGGAAAAUGAGAAGGACUCCUGUAGCAUACGAAAAUAGUCUCUGAUAUUACUCGUUGGUUCUUAACUAUGAACAGUAAUUGAGUCCGUCGGUGAAAACAUGGACGACGCAGCAUCAGCAGGCCAGAGACAGAAACAAACCAACAUAUACGGAGACGGACAGUUUCACAGGAAGAACAAGAUAUCCAGAACAAGGCUCUGACUGAUAACAGAGAGAGAUAUCAACAGGCCUUUCCUGGGAGAGAGGCUGAGACGCUCGGAUGGAGAGACAGAGGGAAAGAGAGCAGAAGAGCGAGAGGGAGUGUUGCCCUAAGGGAAUAAAGAGUGGUAGUCAUGGUGUGGAGAAGAUCUGCAGAACUAAUCAUCCAUAAAGGUGCUGCUAACCUAAGCCCACUAAAGGUGGAGACGCUUCAUCUUGCCUCGUCUCUCUCCGCGACACUUCCAAUUUCACCUCUGCACAGCGAGGAGGGUUUCCAACUCCUGAGGCAAAAUCCAAACUCUCAAGACCCAGAGGUUUGACACCUAUGUCUACCCGUGUGACUUCGCCAAGAGUCUCUCUGUACUCCCGGCCCAGGGCUAUGUGAUUAGUUUGGUGAAUCAAAGUUGAAUUCCUAAAUCGAAAUGUGUCUUCAGCUAAUUCAUUGGAUUUGAAUUCCGCAUAUUGAAGACAGAAACAACCCCGCACGAUGUGAAGAGCAUAUCUGUGCCAAAUGGAGUACUGAGAGGUCCGGUAAACAUGAGUCAGGUGUUACUCUCACAAUCGAAAGACUGUGAAUUAAUGCCCAAUAGACCAUUCAGAUUAGCUACAUAGGCACAGUAAAACCUCCUUCUAUUAUUACUAUAUAACCGAUGCCACGUAAAAACCAAUAAGAAUACUGCCAGCCAGUCUGCUGCUAUGUGGAACUUCCACGUCCGCAAGGAAAACUUGCAUUUAGGCAUUCGGUUUGAUUAUACAGCACUUACAUCGCUUUUACAGAGCCACGCUGGUUCGUUUGUCAUUUUUCCUCUAGGCAGCCGACUCCAUUUUCCUUUAGCUUGUCUAUAUUUCGUCAUACAGUGUAAGGGGAUGUGUCCCAGGCAUCCAUGUGGCUGAGAGGAGCGAGUGUUAUUUAUAUUCUUAUCUGGUGCAGUUUGUGUUUGUUUUAACCCGCGUGGAGCACUUUGAUCAAACUGUCAGGAAGCCAGAAAUAAGAAAAACAGUGUUCUUUUUCCGGGCGCCACUUGAUUACUUCACACACAUGUCACAUUCAUCCCUAUAACAUUGAGGUAUGUGACAGGAAAUCGAAAGAGGAACAUCAGGUAAAAGGGUCAUACUGAAGGAUACUAAAUGAGAAAUCUCCAUGUUUUAGUGAUAUUUGUUUGCUUCGUGUAGUUUUCUUGCCUCUGGUUAUGAUGAUGAUUAUUUUAUGAAGGAGCAUUUUGUACUGCCUUUGGACCCGAAACUGGAAACAACAUUUAAUUUCAAUGUGAAAUAUUAAUGUUGUGUUUUCAACUUGUUUUUUCGAAGGACUGAAAUGAGAAAUUGCUGUUCUGUGGUUUUUAAAACCAGCAAACAACAGAGUGUCUGGUGUUUUACAGCGGCCAUAGUAGGACCACCAAUUAUGACUCUUAGCCUGUCCUUAUAUGGACACAGACGGUUUGGGUCAUUAUUCUAAGCCUGCAAACACUAUGUUUCUUUUUAUCUACCAGAAAAACACCUAUAUUUGUAAUCUGGUUAUAUGAUGGUCAACCAGAUAUAUUACAUGUUUCUUACAUGUCUUGAUGACGUCAUGCAAUCAACAUUUUUUCCUGGUUGUAAUCAAGUUGGAUUAUAAUCAGACGUUGGGAAAGUUCUGGCCCCUAACUGUUUUCCCAGUUUUUGGUCAGAAAGUACUCAGAGCCUCUGUCAUCAGCACAAAUACUGUGUCCUCCACCACUGUAGUGGAUCGUUAUAAUCUUUUUUUCUAAUUAUCAUCAUGCAUGAUACCUCAUUGUGAGUGCUAUUCCCCUUAACUGUGAGUAUGUGUUCAUUUCAUAGUAUUUCUGUCCAAUGGAUGGAUGGUUAGGGGGACAGCUUCUUUUGCUGUCAGGAGUAGGAAUCAGUAGCACAAAUUCUGUAGUCAUUUGUGAUUGAGGUAUAACACAUCAUUGAAAGUUGUGUUACAUACAUUUCACCAGUGUAUCGAUUACACUGACAAACGUACACACUGUACUUAGUCAUCUUGGCUUCUACUGUUAUUUUGGUCAUCAUGUCCAAUGUUUUUGUAAUUUUAACAUAAUAUUCCCGAAAACUUGAACAUAUUUCUUUAUUUUAUUGUGUCAAUAAUGUUCAUAUAAUAAAAGAAAUUAGGGUUUUUAUAGCCGCAACACUUAAAUGUUGGCGUCUUAAUUGCACGUAUUGUCAUAAUCAAAUGGACUCAUUAUUUCAGCCAGGGUUUUCGGUAAGAAAUUUAUAUAUACCUGUCGAACUAAUGUAAUUGUACAGGCAUUUGGAACUUCCUCCAGAUUGAACACGCUAUUGACCCGUGACAAAAUGUGAAUAGUAUUUUUAUAGAGCACUGAGAUGACCCAGAGACAAUUGUAUAUAGGAAAGGAGUGCUUUGCCUUUACGUUGCUGGUUCUCUAUACACCAAUUUUUGCAUUUAUUGUUUCCCUAAUUUAUUUUAUUUUGCCCUUCUUUUCUCCUUUGUGCAUGUCAGCUGUCCUUUUCCUCCUUCUAGGUGUCAUGGAUAAAAGACGUAGCCUCUGUAUGUGCACAGUUAGUGUACUUUGGGUAGUACAAUUUGAUUUUAAAUGUGAAACACCCCUUCUGGCUGCCCACCUGUGGGACUGGCUAGUUGGCCUGGAUAAAGCAUCACUUUGUGAGUUUUCUAUUUAAUAUAUGUGUUGUAGUGAACAAGGCAGUCAGAUUCCUGUGUGUUUCGUUCUCUCCCCCAACGCCUGUCACAACCGAUUUGUCGAGCAUAAUAAGGACAUAUCUAUUACCUUCUUUCUCUCUCUUUUGCUCGCUCUUUCUCUCUGCCCUUCUAUCUCAUCAAGACAUUUUUCAGAGAUGCGCUGCCAACUCGGCCUGGUAGGAUGCAUUACGUUGCUGUCUGUUUUUCUAGUAAGAUGGGCUAGUAUCCUAUCCAGCCCACGUAUCUGUGGAUCAGUCCCAUUUUGCAAUUCACAUUUACCCAGUCACCUAUUUUUUCCCCAUGAUUUUCAUGAUUGAAAAUGGAAAGGUUGAAUUGGACGAUGUGGAAAACUGUCAAAAGAUUAUUGCGUGGCCCCCCCCCCCCCCCCCCAACAGACCUGUACAGUAUGUGAAGAAAGCUUACUAAAGUUAUUUUGAUGUAAUGUUUGAUUUAUUUGCAUGCUUGUGUAUAAAUGUAGUGAAACACUGAUAGAGGCUAACGGUGUCUCUCCCUUCUCCGGCUCUGCCUUGUAAUCCUAAUCUCUGCUUCCCCGUUAUGUUGGCAGCGCUGGCUACAACUCUCCACUGAACUUUAGACCAUACCUAAAGCUUUAUAUCAUAGGGAAAAAAUACUGUUCCUCAUAUUUGUUACAUGAAUCUGUCAAAAAUAUAUUUUUAAUUUAAUAUAAAUAAAGAUUGAUUCAAUAUUU